AUGAAAUGCCUCCUGCUUCUGCCGCUUGUCCUGCUGGGGACAGUUUCUGCUCUGUAUCUGGAGAAUGAUGCCUCCCAUCUGGGCAGCAGAGAGACACAGGCUGACCUGAGCCAGGAUCUGGAAGGUUCGGGGGAACAGGAGGGAGAGCUGGCCCUGAAUUAUGGAGUGCUUGAGUCGGAGGAAGAGGACGCUGUGGCUUCCAGCUAUCAAGAUGCGUUUGAGGAUGAGGGGGCCAUGGAGUCAGACCCAGCAGCCCUAGACAAGGAUUUGCAGUGCCCUAAGGAAGAGGACACAAUUCAGCUUCCAGGCGGUCCUGGGUGCAAGACCUGCCGCCUCCUGUUGGUGCAGACCCCGACGACGUUUUGGGAAGCUCAGAGUGUAUGCAGGAAGUGCUACCGAGGCAACCUCGUCUCCAUCCACAACUCCUGUUCCAACUAUCGCAUCCAGGUCUCGGUCAGUAGGAUCAACAAAGCACAGGUCUGGAUCGGAGGCUUCCUCAAGGGCCGGUUCUGUUGGAAGAAAUUUCACUGGACUGAUGGCAGUGCCUGGAAUUUUGUAUACUGGGCCUCAGGACAACCUAGGAAUGGGUGCGGCCACUGUGUGGCCCUGAACACCAGAGGGGGUCGCUGGCGACGAGCUCGAUGCAAAACACGUCUGCCCUUCGUCUGCGCCUUCUAA